UCAACCCCAGACAGAAGGCCUUCAGUUAUCCGGUACUAUGUGUGCAGCCAGCCCCGGUGACCCCCGAGCGCUCAGCAGCAGCACAGACACCACUACCCCCGUGCCCUCGGUGCCCGCACCUACCUUUGAUGCUGAUGCCCAGCCCACCGGCAUUGGCCUUGCGCACCGUCACGCGGCGCCGCUGGAGUAGCAGCGCCUCCGGCAACUGCGGGGGCGCAGCGCCGGGUUCAGCAGUACCGUUGAACUGCGCGGGCUCCGGCUCCGGGCCGGGCUCGCCGUCGGCGGGGCUCACGGUCAGCACGUCCUCGGCCAGACUGAGCAGCCCCGGCUGCCACCGCUCGCCGCCGGCCCCCAAGCCCGCCGGGGUGCGCAGUUCCAGCAGCCCGGUGCGUGGAGCGCGCUUGCCUGACGCCAUCUUCGCCUCCGAGCGCCCCAGGGCCGCCACUCUGCCGUGUCCCACGGUGCUCGGUCCGUUCCAACCAAGGACCCAGGGCAGAUGGCGGCGGGGCCAGCUGGGCCAGCGGGCACCCUACCCCUGGCCUCCGGGGGCGGGGCUUCUGGGGGCGGGGCCAACGGGGCGGGGCCACGGAUGGGAGAGGCGGAUGAGUUGUAGCCCUGGAGUCUUAAGGAUGCGCUGCGGUGGGUCAGAAGGACGUCGGGGUGAGGAGGAAGAGGAGAUGCCGCUGCUGGACUGCGGGUCGCUCAAGGGCCACCGCGAGCUUCGCCUGGCCCACUUGGUGCUCGGCGCGAUCACCAUGGGAAUUGUCUGGCAGGAAGGAGAGACCCAGCCACAAAAGGUGCUGCCAAGAGCUCUUGCUAUUCCUUUCGUUGAGGUCUCCAGGAACCUGGGGCUUCCUCCUAUCCUGGUCCACUCAGACUUGAUCCUGACAAACUGGACCAAAAGGAAUCCGGACAGUUCCAAAGAAAGAGUCUUUUAAACUCCAGAAGUUCCUUCUGGGUCUGCUUCAAGUAUGUUGGCCUGAACCCCUUUCUCUUGCUGCUUGGACUUCACAUCUGGAUUUUUCAACCUGACCUCAAGCCCCUAAUAAUCACCCUCCACUAUCUCUCCUGGUAAACUGUGUAUUCAUCCCUCCCUCUGCCUCCAUUCAAGCCAGGGUAGCACCAGGAUCUUUAAAAGUAGUCAUUAUGGUUAUGCAUGAAUGAUUAUGUAGGAUUCAUGAGCAGCUGUUCCACUUAGGUUGGAUUUAGAACUUGUGUACAGCUUACAUCAUUUUUACAGUUGUGUUUGGAAUAGAAGCAUUUGUCUAUAGAAGAAAUAACACAAGUUUUUAAUAAAUGAGAA